AUGAGUUUUCAUCCAUCUGCAUCGAUUGAUUGUCAUACGACACCAAUGGAAAUACUUUCACCAUUUAUCCAGGAAACACAGGAUAAUCAAGGUCGUAUUAGAAGCAAUGGUGGUAUGGGUAUGCGGAACAUUCCGGAAAGACCUCGUCGUUCAUCGUUUGUUACUAAAAGUUGUUGUGAUUAUCAUACAACAUCUGGUCAAUACAUAUUUCGAUGUCCACCAACUUGUCUUAGCAAAUCGUGUUUACAUCCAAAUGCACUUUGUAUAUCACAAAUAGCAACAUUUGCAUUUUAUCAAGCUUUACUUAGUGAAUUUAUUGGCACAAUGUUACUCACAUUAGUAUGUACGUCUACUGGCUUACCCAUUGCAUCUAGAUCUGUACCUGAUCUACAUGGUGCUUUAGCUGGUGGUUUUGUUAUUGCCACUCUCGUCGUUGGAUUUGGUAAUAUAAGUGGUGCUCAUUUUAAUCCAGCUGUAACAGUAUCAUUUUUAGUGGCAUGUGAAAUCGAUUUUGUACGAGCAUUCUGCUAUAUUUGUAUGCAAUUACUUGGUGGAAUUAGUGGUUCUUGUCUAUUAACAUUAAUAGCACCUUCUCAAACACAAGGAAAUUUAGGUUUAACUACAAUCACUCCGGGUGUUUCAAUUUCACAAGCUAUUAUAGUUGAAGCUAUUAUUACAUUUAUUUUAUGUUAUACAGUACAUGCUAUCUGUGAUAAACAUCGAGAUGAUAUCGGUGGUUCAAAAGCUUUAGCAGUUGGUUUAGCAAUUAUAGUAGGUUGUUUAUUUGGUGGACCAUAUACUGGUGCUUCGAUGAAUCCAGCUCGAUCAUUCGGACCUGCUACUGUUAUGAAUUCAUGGGAAAAUCAUUGGGUAUAUUGGGUUGGUCCCUUAUCUGGCUCUUGUAUUGCUGCAAUUAUGUACACAUAUAUUUUCAGACAACAACCACAAAUUGUUGUAACCAAAGAUCCUAAUCCACGUAGUCCUAUUUAA